AUGAAGUUCAACAUUGGGGAUCUCCCCGUGUUGUUUCCUUACCCUAGAAUAUAUCCUGAGCAAUAUGACUACAUGUGCGAUCUUAAGAAGACUCUCGAUGCUGGUGGCCACUGUGUAUUGGAGAUGCCAUCGGGCACAGGCAAAACGGUCUCUCUCCUGUCACUCAUUGUUGCUUAUCAGCAAUACUAUCCUGAGCAUCGAAAACUGAUAUACUGCUCACGUACGAUGUCCGAAAUUGAAAAGGCACUGGCGGAAUUAAAAGCGUUGAUGAAGUAUCGAGCAGACCAGUUGGGCUACGUGGAAGAGUUCAGGGGCAUGGGACUUACCAGUCGAAAGAAUCUUUGUUUACAUCCCUCCGUGAAAAGAGAGAAAAGCGGGGCCGUAGUCGAUGCACGGUGUAGGAGUCUGACGGCUGGAUUUGUGAAGGAGAAAAAGGAUAGGGGCGAGGACGUAAAUAAUUUGGAUCUUCUUGAGCCUCAUAAUUUAAUUCCGAAUGGGGUUUGGACGCUGGACGGGAUCAUGAAAUACGGAGAGGAGCAUAAGCAAUGUCCCUACUUUACGUCGCGACGGAUGAUGACAUUUUGCAACGUCAUCAUCUACUCCUAUCACUACCUCUUAGACCCUAAAAUCGCCGAGAGAGUGUCAAAAGAGCUCUCAAAUGACUGUAUAGUAGUGUUCGACGAGGCACACAAUAUUGAUAACGUUUGUAUCGAAUCUCUGAGCACAGAUAUCACGGAAGAGUCAUUACGCAGGGCUACUCGAGGAGCUCAAAAUCUCGAGACUAAGAUAUCAGACAUGAAAGAUUCUGAUGCGGACAAACUGAGAGCUGAGUAUGAUAGUCUAGUAGCUGGAUUAAGAGGCGCGCAAGAGGACAGGGAUGAAGACGCUUUCAUGGCGAACCCUGCUCUACCCGACGAUCUUCUAAAGGAAGCUAUUCCCGGUAACAUUCGUAGAGCGGAGCACUUUGUUGCGUUCCUGAAGCGGUUUAUUGAGUAUCUUAAGACCCGAAUGAAGGUUAGGCAGGUCAUUUCGGAGACGCCCCCAUCGUUUCUCGCACAUCUCAGGGAAUACACGCAUAUCGAGAAAAAGCCGCUCCGGUUUUGUGCUGAACGCCUGACCUCGCUUGUCAGAACCCUCGAGUUAACCAACAUUGAGGACUAUCAGCCCCUACAAGAAGUAGCAACGUUUGCAACCUUGGUUGCGACAUAUGAGAAGGGUUUCCUGUUGAUUUUGGAGCCAUACGAAACAGAGACUGCAGAAGUUCCUAACCCAGUGCUCCACUUCACAUGUCUCGACGCCGCGAUCGCGAUGAAGCCAGUCUUCGAUCGGUUCAGCACAGUGAUCAUCACAUCAGGAACCAUUUCACCUUUAGAGAUGUAUCCGAAGAUGCUCAACUUCGAAACCGUUGUGCAGGAAUCGUAUCCCAUGACACUCGCUCGACGCUCUUUCUUACCUAUGAUAGUCACACGAGGAUCCGAUCAAGUCGCCAUUUCUUCAGGCUUCCAAGUUCGUAAUGAGCCAUCAGUCGUACGCAACUAUGGAAAUCUUCUCACGGAAUUUUCAAAACUUACGCCGGAUGGGAUGGUCGUCUUCUUUCCGUCGUAUCUCUACAUGGAAAGUAUUAUUUCUAUGUGGCAAGGCAUGGGCAUCUUAGACGAAGUAUGGAAAUACAAACUUAUCCUUGUUGAGACCCCUGACGCACAGGAAACCUCCUUAGCCCUCGAGACCUACCGCACAGCGUGUUGCAACGGCCGAGGCGCUAUUCUCCUCUGUGUCGCAAGAGGAAAGGUAAGCGAAGGCAUAGAUUUUGACCACCAGUACGGACGCACUGUGCUGUGCAUUGGCGUUCCAUUCCAAUAUACCGAAUCAAGAAUCCUCAAAGCAAGGCUUGAAUUUCUCCGCGAGACGUAUAGAAUCAAAGAAAAUGAUUUUUUGUCCUUCGACGCCAUGCGUCAUGCAGCUCAAUGUCUCGGACGUGUCCUGAGAGGAAAGGAUGACUACGGGAUCAUGGUCCUCGCAGACAAGAGAUUUCUGAGGAAGCGAACUCAGCUCCCGAAAUGGAUUAAUGAGGCGAUUCUGGAUGCGGAGGUCGAUUUGAGUACGGAUAUGGCGGUUGGUACCGCGAAAAAGUUUUUGAGGACCAUGGCGCAGCCUUUCCCGUCGUUGGAUCAGGAUGGUGUCAGCACUUGGAGGAUUGAAGAUUUGGAGGCUCACAAGGAGAAGAUGGAGAAUGAGAGCAUCAGACAGCUUAGGGCAGAGAUGGAAGGCAUUGAAAACGGAGGGGGGAAAGAAGUUGUCCAGAAUGGAAAUGGAAAAGAAGAAGCCCAGCAUAUGGGCGACGAUGCAUUUGAUGAUGCGGAGGCUGAGGCUGAGAUGAUGAAGCUGGAUCAUUGA